AUUACCGAGAACCGGGAUGGAGGAGAGGCGGAGGGGGGAAGAAAAAAGUUUCGUUUAAACCUGGCAGAGAAACUCUCAACAUGAAGCUUCACUGACGCACCGUCUCACCACCGCCACAGCAACGCCAGCGCUAGAACAAAGCUUGCUUUUCCAUUGAACAUAUUUUUCACCUCCCAGCUUGUGCUUUUCUUGCCCUCUUGUGUUAUUUGCUGUGAGCGACGCUGGUCGGGGCUUGCUGUCACUGCGCGCUGAGAUGUUGGAGUGACCAUGGCUGCGCAAGUGGCAUCGGCUCCGACCAGAACUACUAACAAAAAUAAGAAAUUAUCCAGCGGUCUGGGUCCGGAGCUCAAUUCGGGGAAAUCCGGAGGAGGUGGAGGAGGAGGGACCGUGCAGCGAAGUGGACCGAUGCUGGGAGCGGGAGAUGGGACUCUGAAUAAUGUAGACCAUCGCGGCCGUAACGAGCUCAACAUGGUCCAUUCAACUUCCACGACUCACAGCGCACCGGACGGCCACGACAAGGAUGGGAAUAACCCCACGUCCGCGUCGGCGUCGACUAAUUCAACCACUUCCUCGAUGGAAGCGGGUUUGAUCGCGAACCACAAGCUGAAAUGUGUGGGGAGCGGAGAUCCCCCUCAGUCCCAGCCGCUGCCUCAGCAGCAGCCACCGCCGCAAUUUGGCCAAUUUGCGCCACAUCAGCAGCGACAGAUCCAAAGUAACAACACCGCCAAUAACAACGGCCAGGGGCCCCGUGGAGACCGGGGUAUGGAUCACCAGCACCACGGUGGCAAAGAGAACCUGUUGGGGGGGCAGGGGGAGCCACAGCAGCAGCAGCAGCACAUGCCAGGUAAAGGUGAGGGGGAGCUCACCUGUAAACCCGCGGAGAGGAUGACGAGUACCAGGUACGACCAUUCUAACUUAGGGCAAACUAGUAACAACUCGGAGUUUAACAACAACUAUUACACUCCACGGCCCUGUUACGAGCAACAUGGCGGACAGCAGCAACAAAGCAGUGGGAUGGGGGUAACGCACUCUCCGGCACAUAACAGCAUGGAGAAUUCCCACGAAGCAGGGUUCCACAACAACCAGUACAACCAGUACCCGGGGUACCGGGCGAACUACGGCGGUGGGGCCUACGGGAUGAUGGGCCCCUCUGGGUGCCGGCAACCUGGGAACAUGAUGAUGGGCAGCAACUCCUCAUCAAGCCACGGCAAGUCUCCCCAGGGAGCGGGUUCGGGCGGCUUCCAGAGGUUCCCGGGACAAACCCAGCAGCAGCAGCCGCAGCAGCAGCAGCAGCCGCAGCCGCAGCAGCAGCAGCAGCAGCAUCCCUCAGGGGCCACCCCGACCCUCAACCAGCUGCUCACGUCCCCCAGCCCUAUGAUGCGGGGUUAUGGCGCUGCCUAUCAAGACUACAGUGGCCCCACGGCGCAGCAGCAAGGCGCUAUGGGCCUGGGGAAAGACGUGGGGCCCCAGUACGGACCUGCUUCGGCUCACGGCUGGGGAGGACAGCAAAGGAACCACCCUCACUCUCUGAGCCCGGGUAACGGUGGACAAGGCCUCGGCAGGACGCAGGUGUCCUCCAUGGACUUCAUGGCUAUGAAGCGAUCGCAGCUGUACGGCAUGGCCAACAAUCCUUACUCCACUCCACAGCAGCCUGGGGGCGGACCUUACCCCCCUAGCCAGCCGUACACGUCACCUCCUCCGCACCGAUAUCCAAUUGGCAUGCAGGGGAGGGGUCAGAUGAUGGGUGGCAUGCAAUACCCUCAACAGCAGCAGGUGGCGCCGUACGGCCAGCAGGUGAUGGGGGGCUAUGGCCAGCCACAGCCACAGCCACAGCCACAGCCACAGCCACAGCCACAGCCACAGCCACAGCAGCCGCAGCAGCAACAGCAGCCAGGGCAGCAGCAGCAGGGAACACUCCCAUACUUCAGCCCCCCUCAGCAGACCCCUCCUGGCCCAAACCAAAGCCCCUACCUGCAGCCUCGACCACCACCACAACAGGAGGCCCAGCAGGAGAGCUACAACACCCGGGGUCCUGCUCCAGGAAGUUCUGGGAAGGCCAACAGUGAGGAGGGUGUCUCCCAGGACCGCCCCUCCAGUCUGCCGGAUCUGUCCGGCUCGAUUGAUGACCUCCCCACGGGGACGGAGGCUGGUCUGGUCUCGACCGUCAGCGCCGGUGGGUCGUCCUCCAGCAGCAGCAGCAGUAGCCAGGGGGAGCCGGGAGGCGCCAGUAACCAGGGACAGUCCCCCUUCUCCCCGCACGCCUCCCCACAUCUCCCUACCCAGAGGAGCGGCCCCUCUCCCUCCCCUGUUGGCUCGCCGGCGGGCUCCACUCAGUCCCAGCACUCUCGCUCUGGCUCUGGACCCAUCUCUCCUGCCAGCGGACCCGCUGCCAACAACGCCGCACCAGGUUCCAACGUGGCCCUGCAGAGCUCUGGAAACGGACCAGAUGGAGCCCACCCACCAAUCGCCCGCUCACCUAUGGCUCAGGAGAGAGGAUUCAUGUCCAACCUGCAGAGGAACAACGCCGGCUCCCAGUUCGCUUCUCCUCAGUCCGGACCCUCCAUGUCCCCGCAUCCUUCACCUGGGGGCCCAUUGUAUCCUGGAAUGGUUCCCUACUCCCAGAGCGGCCCCACAGGCCAUUACGGACCUCAAGGAUCACAGUAUGGACAUCAAGGUAACUACCCCCGUCCCUCUAACUACAGCGGGACGGCCAGUGCCAGCUACAGCGGCCCCGGCCCCAACAGCCUGGGUAUGAAUGCUACCAGCCCUAUGCAUGGCCAGGGUCCCGGCCAGCCCAUACCUGUGGGACGCAGCCAUGGCCCGAGCAACCAGAAUAGGGUUUAUCCGCCAAUGGCUCCCAGCUCUCCCAGCAUGCCUCAGCCAGCUGGGCCAGGGAUGGGUCCUCCGUCUUUGGGUAGCUCUAACCGCAAGGUUCAGGAGACAGGAGCCGCUGUGGUGCUGGGAUCUGCCAACUCAACACACAACAGGCGGCCCUCGUAUGUAAGGUCCCCAGCACAGAUGGAGCUGACCCCACCCAUCUCCAACCACUGGCCUGCACCCCACCCUGUGUCCACCCGUCCACAACCUUCACCUCCACUCAGAUCUUAUCACCCAUGCAUCCUGUCAUCCUCACACUCACAGCACCAUAGGCAGGGCAGCUACCCAGGCCCCGGCAUCAGCCAAGCAAGCACUAUGGCCACCACCGUCCCCUACAGCCAGCCAGCAAGCAACAACAGCUCAGCUAUGGGUAACGCACAAGGUCCAGCCUACAUGCCGCCAUCAGGAGCCUUGGCGAUGUCAGGAGACGGAAUGAUGAGCCCGGAUGGGAAACCCAAAGCAGACGUGAAAGAUGACACAGGUCCCGUCAACGAGCCUCACAAACCAAAGCUACAGGACGGUUACAGCAACAACAACAGCAGCAGCAGCAGCAGCUCCCAGCAGUGUGUGUCCCAGCCAGCGACACCAGGCGGUGCCUUGCCCGUGCCCUCCCCCCUCUCACCCAGCCCGGCCAGCUUGUCCUCCUACCACGGGGACGACAGCGACAGCAUCAGCAGCCCACCAUGGCCACUCAAGACCCCUUCUAGCCCCAAAGCCAACCCUAACGCCUCCUCCCUCAGUGGGGAGCGAAUCUCGCGCCUUUUUGAGCUGGGGCUGGAGCCAGAGAGGCGGGGCUGGGUGGAACGAUACCUGACCUUCAUGGAGGAGAGGGGCACGGCCGUCUCCCAGCUGCCCAUUGUGGGCAAGAAGCCGCUGGACCUGUGGAAGCUCUACUUGGCUGUCCGUGAGAUAGGAGGCCUCGCCAUGGUAAAUAAGAACAAGAAGUGGCGUGAGCUGUCCACCACGCUGAACGUUGGCACGUCGAGCAGCUUCGCCAGCACCCUCAAGAAGCAGUACAUCCAGUAUCUGUUUGCCUACGAGUGUAAGAUGGAGAGGGGAGAGGAGCCGCCGGCGGACAGCAGCAGCAGCAGCGGCAGCGGCAGCAGCAGCAGCAGCGUGGCUGCAGGGGAAAACAGGAAGCAGGUCAAGAUCCAGCCUCCGUCACCUGCAAACUCGGGCGGCUCCCUCCAAGGCCCACAGACACCACAGUCGUCUGGCAGCAGCUCCACAGCCGAGGCAGCAGGUGACCUGAAACCCCCCACACCAGCGACCACCCCCCUGGGACAGGUCACACCGCUGCCCCCCAACAGGAGUAGUGUGAGCGUACAGGACCCCUUCUCGGAGGUGAGCGACCCGGCCUUCGUAAAGCGGGCUGCCUCCCUGGCCCCCUCAGCUCCCUACCAGCAGGGCCUCAGCAUGCCUGACAUGAUGAUGAGGAUGCAGUACGACGCCAAGGACCCCUUUGCCGGGAUGAGGAAGAUGGCUGGAGCUGAUCCCUACAUACCAGGUCAGAUGCCUGGUGGUGGUCUGCAGGACAUGUAUGGCCGACCCCCAUCAUCUCUGAGCAUGAGCCAAAGAUCACAGUAUUCGUACGGGCCAGGCUACGACAGGAGACCAGACCAUGUGAUGGGGAUGGAGGGGAGCAUGGGUCCCCCUGGGGGUCAGAACAACCUGGGGCCGUCCAACAGCGAGGGCAGCAUGUACUCUGCCAGCAGAUACCCUUCACAGCAGAGACACAACGGCUACGGUCAGCAGUAUCCCAGCGUGCCAUAUGGGAUGCAUCCAUCUGGGAUGUACCCACAACAGCAGCAGGGCUACAAAAGGCCCAUGGACGGUAUGUACGGCCCCCCACCCAAGAGACAUGAGAGCGAAAUGUAUGCCAUGCAGUAUGGUAACCAGCAGCCGGACAUGUACAACCACUACACUGGUGGAUACUCAGGCCCUGAACACAGAGGCUUACAGGGACAGUUCCCCUACCCUUACGCCCGCGACCGCAUAGGCCCCUCAGGACAGAGCCAGCACAGUUUGAUGGGCGGGGGGCCCACUCCCAACCAAGGUGCUGAUGGGCCCAACAUGUGGCCAUCCAGGACAGACCUGGGCUAUCCCUACCCCAACCGACAGGGGCCGCCCUCUCAAAUGCCACCGUACGGCUCCAUUGGUAGAGAUGACAUGGACGGGCGGCCUGGGCAGGAGCAGUGGCACCGUCAGUCUCCCUACUUGUCGUCAGCAGGUGGCAUGCCGCCCCUGUCACGGCAGCCAUCGUCUUAUUCCAACUCCCCUUCCAUGGCCAACCACCUGCCCAGAGCACCCAGCCCAGGGGCCUUCCAGCGCUCCCUGGACUCUCGGAUGUCACCCAGCAAACUACAGUUCAUGUCGCCCAUGAAGAUGAGUAAGCCUGGGAUGGCCAUGAUGGGCUCACAGGGCGGUGGAUCCAUGGGUCAGUUUCCUCCCAACCUUAGGAGGGACCUCAACUACCCACCAGGGUCAGUGGAGGCCUCCAUGCCCAUCCUCAAGCCCCGUCGCAAGCUCACCUCCAAGGAGACUGGAACGCCUGAGGCCUGGCGCGUAAUGAUGUCUCUGAAGUCUGGGCUGCUGGCAGAGAGCACAUGGGCUCUAGACACCAUCAACAUCCUGCUGUAUGACGACAGCACCGUGGCCUCUUUCAACCUCUCUCAGUUACCUGGAUUCCUCGAGCUCAUUGUGGAGCACUUCCGCCGCUGCCUGAUCGAAAUCUUUGGGAUCCUGGAAGAGUUUGAGGUUGGAACUGUAGCUCAUAAAAACUUUUUGGAUCCUCCUUCUAACCAGAAGGAAGAAGAACCCAUCCCUGAGCAGGAGACGGACUCUGCUGUUCAGCCUGAGUCAGAGCCAGCCCCAGCAGUAGAAAUGCAGGUGGAGCAAACGGGAGGCGUCACAGAGGAAGCUCCGACCGCUGCUGCAGAGCCCGAGUCUUCUGUGGUGAACGGUGAAAAAGAGGAGUGUGAGGCGAGCAGAAAGAAGGAGGACAAGAACAAGGAAGACAGAGAGAAAGAGGGGAAAGAAAAAGAAGAGGGUGAAAAAGGAGCAGAGAGUAAAAAGGAGUCUACGGAGCAGCCUGUCACUGAGCUACAACCUAAACCUCAACAAGCCAGCAAAUACGAUAAGCUCCCCAUCAAGGUCGUCCACAAAGAGGACCUGAUUGAGGACAUGACAGAGCGCUUAGGUUACGUCACUGAGUUCACCAGUGGGCUGCUCCACUGGCAGGCCGGGGGCGGCGACUCCACCGCACACAUCCAGACACACUUUGAACCCCGGCUUGCUCCACCUGCCAGAGUGGAUGAGAAAACAAGAAAGGAGGACAAGCAGAAACAAAAUAUGGAGGACGGGAAGAAACAACCACUCCAACGUAUCACCGCUACCAUUGAUGAUGUUUUGUGUGCUCGUGUUGACGCCCUCUCUUACGCCCACCCUGCACGCUCCUUGCCAUCCUACCCUUUCCGGGUGCAUCCGGACGGGGAGCUGGACCACAUCACCCUGCUUGAGGAUGAGCCUCGCUGCCUGGACGAGGCUCCGCUCUCCACAAUAUGCGCCUGGCAGGAGUCACUGUCCAAGCGGUGCCUCUGCGUCUCCAACAUCGUCAGGAGCCUGUCAUUCAUCCCUGGCAACGACUUGGACAUGUCCCGCCAUCCUGCACUGGUUCUUCUCCUGGGCAGGCUGCUCCUGCUGAAACACCAGCAUCCGGAGAGGAUGAGGUUGCCCCCUAGCUACCAGAGAGACGAACAGCGCGAGCAGGGGCUGUCAAGUAGCAAAGAAGAGUGGUGGUGGGAGUGUCUGAGUCUGCUCAGGGAGAACGCCAUGGUCACACUGGCCAACAUCUCUGGACAGCUGGACCUCUCCACCUUCUCAGACACCAUCUGCCUCCCCAUCCUGGACGGCCUCCUCCACUGGAUGGUGUGCCCCUCCGCUGAAGCCCAGGACCCCUUCCCGUCAGCAGCGCCCCACUCCCUGCUCACUCCUCAAAGGUUGGUGCUGGAGUGCCUCUGCAAGCUGAGUAUCCAGGAUGGCAACGUCGACCUCCUGCUAGCUACGCCGCCCUUCAGCCGACAGGAGAAACUGUUCACUGUCCUUCUCCGUUUCGUGGGACAAAGGAAGGCACAGGUGUACAGGGAAAUGGCGGUGGCUGUCCUCUCCCACCUGGCACAAGGAGACCCCACAGCAGCACGUGCCAUAGCCGUGCAGAAGGGCAGUGUGGGUAAUUUGGUUGGUUUCUUGGAGGAUGGUGUUAGCAUGGCGCAGUACCAGCAGAACCCUCACAGCUUACUGCACAUGGGGCAUCCCCCUUUGGACCCGCCGAGCAUAAACAUGAUGUGCAGGGCAGCCAAAGGCCUCUUGGCUAUGGCUAAAGUGGAGGAGAACAAAACGGAGUUUGCGCUGUACGAGAGCCGAUUAUUAGACAUCUCCAUUUCCUCUGUGCUCAGCGCUGGAGUGGUGAACAUUAUUUGCCAAGUUCUCUUUCACUUGGGGAAAUUAUGACAGGAGGAGAGGCAGGACUUGUGUGACCGACCCUGACAGUGUACGAAAAAUUUCUGUGUUUUUCUAUUUUUAUUUAUCGAAAAGACAGAAAAUGUUGUUUUUUUGUUUUUUUAAAGGAGUAUCCACAUAAACAAAAUAUAUAUGUAAAGCAUCUGGGCCCUGUUAAAAAAAGUGGGUUCAGGAUUUGAAAGCUCAGUUUAAUACAAAUAUUUAAUACUUGCUGGUGUCGGAUUGCUACGUUUAAUUCUUUUGUUUUUUUGGCAUAUUUGUUUCUGUUUGUUUACUUUUUCAGCCAAAGCUGCCACCAGAUGUUGGUGCUGAAUUACAUGGUUCCUUUUGAGUCGAUGAGUCAUCAAGAUGUUUUUCAGUUUUAUAAAUGCUAAUAUACUCAUCAACAUUUUGUUAAUGGAGAGUAUUUAUUUAAAAUGUGACACUGUACAGUAGUUGAACCUUUUUGCCAACAGUUGUGGGGAAGAGAAAUGCUGACUUUUUAAAAUGAAAUGUAUAUGUCUCCAUCGCUGGAAGAUAAAAUUGUGCAAUAGGACUCGAGCAAGUUGUCCGUUCUGAGAACCAGAAGAAAUGUUAAACUGCAGUGUGUGCUUUAGGCCAUUAGGAGGCAGCAUUGCACCAGCCAAUCAACAUGAGAGCAGCGCGUCUGUCAGAGGAAGAAGUGUCUAAUUUAUCAAUCAUAGCCUCAACAACUUUCACAGAAGAACUUUGUGUUUCCUAAGCACUUGUGUCAUGUCUGUAUUUUUUCAUCAUUGUGUAUAUAAACCGUUGUACAAUGGACGCACAUGAUUCUUUCAGUCUCUAUCAAGCAUAGCAAUAGAUGGGACUUUCUGACUAAUAUAACAAAUGCUUUUAUUGUUGGUAAAAUUUGUUAUUGUUAUUAUACAUAUUUUGUUAAUGGGGUCAAAUAUUUGAACAUGGCAGAUGUAACUGAUGUUUCAAUGUAAAAAAAAUCCUGUAUGCAUUGUAUUAUAGCUGAGAAAACAAUCGCUUUGGUAAUCAAACGUGGCAGUGCCAGGGUGAGAGGAUCUCUAGGAGAGGCUACAUAAGCAACCUGUACACAUUUCUGUUUGUUACUGUCCUCCAUUCAUGUCUAUGGGCAUAUUUUUUUCAAUCUAGAUAAACGCUCUAAAAGAAAAGUCUGAAAAGACCAUUCAAAAUGUCCUGAAAGCUCAUUGUAAAAAAUCAACUUGCCUUUUUUUCGUAUGACUCCAUGUCUCUCUUUUAUUCAGUAUACACAUUUAUACUCUGUGCUGCACAUGUCACAAAAUAAAUGUACGAUGAACAUCGUUAAACACCGGAGGCGUUGCAUUAUGUCCAGACAAUCUUAGGCCAAUAAAACAAACAUCAACUGCUUAUGUGA